AUGUCAACGAACAAGUUUUGCCUGGCCUUACUCCAGCUCCUGGUGAGACACAGCAAAGCGGAAAACCUCAAUAAUGUAAGUAAGAAAAUUAGAGAGGUGGCAUCCAUGGGGGCCCAGAUGGUCUGCCUCCCAGAAGACUUCAGCUUUCCGUUCGACACGCGCUACGUCUUGGAGAACGCAGAGCCGAUUCCCGGCGAGACAAGCAAAAUGUUGUCAAGGUGCGCCGAAGAAAACAACGUCUACCUCGUCGGAGGCACAUUGUCAGAGAAGGAGAACGGCAAACUCUAUAAUACCUGCCUUGUGUACGGACCGGACGGUUCGAUGCUGGCCAAGCACCGUAAGCUACACCUAUAUGACAUCGACAUUCCUGGCAAAAUCACCUUCCGGGAGUCCGAUUUCUUCACAGCGGGCAACAAGUUCACCACUUUCGACACUCCAUUCUGCAAAGUGGGUGUCGGGAUAUGCUAUGACCUUCGGUUUGCGCCCUUGGCGCAGAUAUACGCGCAGCUUGGUUGCAAGCUGCUGGUAUAUCCAGCAGCUUUCAACAUGACGACUGGUCCGAUGCUCUCCGAACUGCUCUCUAGGAGUAAAGCGCUUGACAACCAAGUCUACCUGGUGUUAGUGUCGCCUGCGAGGAACGAAACAGCCUCGUACGUGGUUUGGGGACACAGUAUGCUGGUGGAUCCGUCUGGUAAAGUGGUCAAGUCGGCUGGGAUUGGAGAAGAACUUGUGCUUGCUGAGGUGAACUUGGACAAUCUGACUUCAAUUAGGAAUCGCAAUCCUCUGGCCAAACACAGGAGGAACGACCUGUACAAAGUAGUGAGCUGCGAAGACUAUAUAAAAUAG